AGUAGAGAUCACGCAAUGUUUUCUUUCAUUGUCGAGCGCCACCUGGCACUUGAAAAUACAACUAAAUUCUCCCCACUACCGAAGACAGCGAAAUUUGUAUCAUUAAAUUAAUCGGUUCUAUUUGAAUUCUAAUAAUUUUAUUAAUUCACGAAUUACACACAAUUUUCAUUCCGACAAAUAUUUUCUUACUUUUAAUUUAAUAGAAAAGCCCGAAAUUGAAAAAACAGUCUCAUUUUUUAUCGUUUUUAUGAUUUGCAUAAGUUGUUCUUCGCACGAGUAUUCCUUCGCAAUAAUGUUUCAUACUCUAUGGAUAACGCUCUGUUAUAGAAACACGAAUGUAAGAAUAACCAAGUAUCAAGAAAGGUAUUGAUAUAUAUGAUUAUAAUAAUUAAAAAAUUCUGAUGUAUAUUUUGUUUGAUGUAACAAAUGCAAAGUGAAAAAAAUUUAAUGUCGUUCCUUUGUGUAACUUCGUCAUAAUUCGUUUUCCCAGUGUAUUUACACGAUAAAGAUACAAUAAAAUUCGUUAAUGCUGCAAUAUAAUGUCAAACGCGAUAAGUGGAAAGAAUUUGUUACGUCCUACCGGAUUACAAUGCAAAAAUCUACACGAAUAUUUAAAGUCACGUCCUCCAGAAGUAUUAAGUAAAUUAUAUCAUAAUCCACCUAUAUGUUUGGCUGUGUUUCGUGAACUGCCUGUGAUAGCAAAACACUAUAUCAUGAGAUUAUUAUUCGUCGAACAGGCAGUUCCACAGGCAGUAAUUGCUUCUUGGUGUUCUAAACUUUACCUUGAAGAUCAUCAGAAAGUAGUUGUAAUUUUAAAAGAAUUAAAUAUAUGGAGAGAAACAUCUUUACCUGGAGGAUUACCAGGUUGGAUUGUUCAUGCCUCUUUUAAAAAAAAUUUGAAAAUUGUUCUAUUGGGAGGUGGUAAACCAUGGACAAUGUCGAAUCAAUUAGAAACUGAUAGUAAACCUAGAGACGUAGCAUUUUUAGAUGCAUAUGCAUUAGAAAGAUGGGAAUGUGUUUUACAUUACAUGGUUGGUUCUCAGCAACAAGAAGGUAUCUCGGCUGAUGCUGUGAGAAUACUUUUACAUGCCGGUUUAAUGAAACGGGACGAAGCUGAUGGAAGUCCAGUUAUUACACAAGCAGGUUUUCAAUUCUUAUUGUUAGAUACUGCAUCACAAGUAUGGUAUUUUAUUCUCCAAUAUUUAGAUACGAUAGAAGCAAGAGGGCUUAAUUUAGUUGAAUGCCUUACAUUUCUAUUUCAAUUAAAUUUUUCAACACUCGGUAAAGAUUAUAGUACUGAAGGCAUGUCGGAAGGUUUAUUAACAUUUCUACAACAUCUAAGAGAGUUUGGACUUGUUUAUCAACGUAAACGAAAAGCUGGAAGAUUUUACCCUACGCGUUUAGCAUUAAACAUAGCUACUGGACAAAAUAAACCAUUAGCUAAGGAAAGUGGAAAAGAAGGAUAUAUAGUAGUUGAAACUAAUUACAGAGUGUAUGCUUAUACUAAUUCAAAUUUGCAAGUUGCUUUGCUUGGAUUAUUUUGUGAAAUGUUAUAUAGAUUCCCAAACUUAGUGGUUUCAAUAUUAACAAGAGAUUCAGUAAGGCAAGCUUUGAAAAGUGGAAUUACUGCAGCACAGAUCAUAGGCAGCAUGCACAUAAUAAAAUGUUAGAGGCAGGCCCACCUACAUUGCCUCCAACUAUUGUGGAUCAAAUUAAGUUAUGGGAAAACGAAAGAAAUAGAUUUUUGUUUAGUGAAGGAGUCCUAUAUAGUCAAUUUCUUU